AUGCUGUCCUUCUGGCAGCUCCUCCAGCUACUGCUGGCCACCCUCCCAGCAGCAGCCAUCAACCUCACGGGCUAUGAAUUCAUCGUCGUAGGCUCUGGCGCCGGCGGAGGCCCCUUGGCCGCCCGCCUAGCCCUAGCAGGCCACUCAACCCUACUCCUCGAAGCAGGCACCGACCAAGCUCACAACCUCAACACCUCCGUCCCAGCCUACGCAGCCCUCGCCGCCGCAGACGACCAUCUCUCCUGGAAUUUCUUCAUCCGCCACUACGCCGACGACGUCCAACAAGCCCGCGACCCCAAAACCGUCUACGCUACGCCCACCGGCGAGCAAUACGUCGGCCUCCAUCCACCCCCAGGAUCCACUAUGAAAGGCAUCCUCUACACCCGCGCCAGCACCCUAGGAGGCUGCACUGCCCACAACGCCCUCGUUGCCAUCUACCCCCAUCGCUCCGACUGGACCUACAUCGCCAACCUUACCAACGACCCCUCGUGGCUCCCCGACCCCAUGCGUGAAUACUACAUCCGCCUCGAAAACAACCACUACCUACCCCCGGACAUCCCAGGCCACGGCUACACCGGCUGGCUCUCCACCGAGCAUGCCCCCAUCAACCUCGUCUUCCAAGACCCCCAACUCCUCUCCCUCCUCCUCGGCGCCAUCUUCACUCAACCCCGAACCAUCCUCUCCAACCUCAUCUCCCUCCUCCUCGGCGACGUCAACUCCCCGUCCCCCUCCCGCGACUCCAAACCCGCCUACUACCAAACCCCCAUCUCCACAUCAUCCAACAUCCGCAACGGCGCCUCAGACUUCCUCCGCGCCGUCCACUCCGCUACCAACCCAGACGGCACAACAGGCGUCUCCUUCCUAGACGGCCCCUACCUCUACCGCGCCAGCCCUCUCUCCUCCCCCCACACCCCUCGAACCCCGGGCACCGCCACCGCCACCCGCGAAGUGAUCCUCUCCGCAGGCGUCUUCAACACGCCCCAGAUCCUCCAACUAAGCGGCAUCGGCCCCGCAGACCUCCUCCAGAAACACCACAUCCCAGUCCUAGUCAACCUCCCGGGUGUCGGUGUAAACCUCCAAGACCACUACGAGACCUCCGUCGUAGUCGAAGCCCCAUUCCCCUUCCGCAUCCUAAACGGCUGCACAUUCAACUACACGUCUGACCCGUGUUUAACCCGCUGGCUGAAUCUGAAAGGACUACACAAAGACAGAGGAAUCUACUCCUCUGCAGGGUUUACAAGUACAUUACUCCACCAUACCCCCUUUCCCAACACAUCCACCACACCUAACCACAGUAACGACAACAAUGACAACAAAAGUGAUGACUACAAUACAAUAAUCUACGGCGGCCUCGUCAACUUCCGCGGCUACUUCCCGGGCUUCGAAGUCAACCUAACCCUAACGCACCACUCCUUCACCUGGGCCAUCAUCAAAGCACAUCCAUCCAACAGAGCCGGAACGGUAAACAUCAGUUCGUCAGAUCCGCUCGAUCCUCCACAUAUCCUUUUCAACUCCUUUUCAGACCCUAAUUCGGAGAAGGAUCUAUUUGCCUUAGUGGAUGCGAUUAGGGUUGCGAGAAGAGCACUGAAAAGACAAUUUAUCCCUACGUGGGAGACUCUCCCCGGGAAGGAGGUACAGGGGUAUGAAGAACUGAGGCAGUAUGUGUUGGAUACGUCGUGGGGGCAUCACGCUGUGGGUAGUUGUAGGAUUGGAAGGGGUGAGGGGGGUGAUGAUGAGGGGGCGGUGGUGGAUGGGAAGUUUAGGGUUAGGGGCGUACGGGGCCUGAGGGUUGUGGAUGCGAGUGUGUUUCCUAGGGCGCAGGGGACGUUUCCGGUGUUGGGGGUUUCUAUGUUGGCGGAGAAGGCGGUGGGGGAUAUUCUGGGGGAUGGUGGGUGGUGA